AUGAGAAUUUUACCUAGAUUUAUUUGGAUACUAAUUUAUAGCUUUCAAAUUACUUAAGCUAGACAAGCGAGAACUGAUCUUUUUAGUGUCUCAGACACUCUCGAGAUAUUCAAUGAGCAUGAUGAAAUCCUUGGGUUUUACUAGCUAAACACAUUUCCUUUUAUAGAAUCAUAUACAUAAAAUAACACAGCUGCAGGGUAAAUAUGCUAUGCUGAAUCUCUUUCUAAGUUUCUAAGUAAUUGCAAGAAUGUUGAGUAAUAUGCUGAUUACAACUGGAUACUGUUGACACCCUUUGAUGGAUUAUUCACAAACUAACUUCUUUUUGAGGCUCAAAACCUAAAUAUCAGUGCAGUUAUAAUAGGAAGCGAGCAAUAAAUUGAAUCAGGAGGCUAUUACAUCAACCCAGUAAUAUCAUAAAUAAUGAAACUAAAAUUUUAGAAAAUUAUAACUUUGAUUAGUGUCAUUCAGAUGGGUAUUCUGCAGAUGCUACUUUACUAUUUUUACCUCAAAUAAUGCCCAUGGACUGAUUAAUUGGAUAGAAAAUACAUGCAAAUGUCCUUCAUCACUAUAUCUACUAUAUACCAAACUCUAUUCGUAGCUGUUUUAAUGCUAAUUUCUAAAGGAUGGGCUUAGCAUAUGUAAUUGUCAAGAGCUGCUUUACCUGCCUCUAGAUACUUUGGAACUACCAAGAUUAGAUUAAUGAUGAAUCUAGUCGAGAUUUAUAAGUCAAAGGACUAAAUAGAUAUUUAAUCAAUAGUUUUUCAUUUUUAUUUUGACACCAUCAUCAUAUUCGCUAUUCUUCUGGCAUUUAGACCCAGCAGAGGUUAAGAAUUACAAGUAGAUGGAAUCAUUUGA